AGAUUUCAGCGCCGUGUGCGCGCUAAAAAAGUUAUUCUUGGUGUUAGUAGGCGAGAAAAGUAUAAUUCCAUUAUUAAAAGUCGAGAUUCACGUACGGAAUUUGAAUUAACUGAUAAUUCAGCUAGCAAACAUUUUUACGCGACGUAUGUGAAGACGUGUAAAAUCAUUUUCAGUGUCGCAAGAAAAAGACAACAGAAUCACAUUUCUGCACCAAGAAAAAGUUGAAUAAUUUUGCAAAAGAACUAAAAACAUAAAGUGACACUUAAUUAAAUAUGUUUACAAAUCGCAAGCAAGUGGACGAGCAUGUCCACAAAAUAUUAAGUAAAUUGCCGCCUGGACCUGAGCGCGAUAUUAAAGGGUUUUCCAUAGCACGGCUGUACACGAAGAUACACGAAUAUGGCAAGGCCAUCGACUACUUGAUUCCCUACCUCAAGAUCAAUGAGGAGGCCAGCGUACACGCUCUCUUAGCCAAAUGCUAUCGACUUCUCGCAAAGCCGGAUAAUGCCAAAGCUUUGGAGCACUAUCAACGUUCGGUUCAGCUGUUUCCCAAACAACCGGAAGUCAUCAAGGAUGCUUGCGAAUUGCUGUGCAAGAACACCGCCCUCUGCACCGCCGAAAGAGCCGCCUAUUGGCUAGAGCAGAGCAGCACAGUCGAUGAUCUGAAAGACAGUGAGGGGCUCUUUACAUUGCGUCUGCGUGCCGAGGGUAAAAUCGAUGGUGCGGAGCAGGAGAACUCCAUUGAAAUGCUCAUCCAAAAGGAGCUACUGCAGCGUCCCCACGACAUGAAGUUGCAUGUGCGUCUGUUGCGUCAUUUGUUGGAGACAAAACGCUACGACGAGGCCUUCAACUAUGCCCACAAAGUGGAAUUCGCCAAGCCGGCUCAGUGUGAAGCUAGCGAUUGGUAUGAUGUAGUUUGGAAGGCGCUGCAAAGGCGCGAACAGAGCAAAGAGAGCGCCAGAGAUUGGUCCUAUUGGCAGUUAAUGCUGCUCACCCUGGAUCGCCUCAUUCAGCUCAGUCUGCAGUCGGAGGCCACCAGCAGUCUGUCGGAGAGUAUUGGUCAGCUCUUUAAACUGGAUCAGAGCAUACACAAGUUCAGUCUGCUUGUCGAGCAGUUGACGGCCAACGAUAGUCGAGAGUUCCAUCAAUGCUGUCUGGAUCAUUAUGCCGGACAGCUGCUGUUGCAUGCCGCCUCGUUGCUGUUCAAACGCGAGUUGCUGGGUAAGAAGAACAAGUGGUCGCAAACAGUGCGUUCGGCAUUGCCGCUGUUGCUGCUGGGCUAUCAAGUGAACGCGCAGCACAAGGACAAGGAUGCCUAUUGGGAGCGUCAUUGCAGCGCCGAACAGCUGAAGCUGUUGCAACUGUGGCGUUGUCAGAGCGCCUUUCGUUGCGCGCAGUUGGGACGCACACUCUACGGUUGUCUCCAGAAGCCCCAGGACGCCGAGCUGUGGAAGGAAAAGCACCAGCAGCAACAAGCAACGCCCGGGCUUUGGUCCGGUAUCGAUGAUCUGCUUGCGGCGGCCCGGCAAUACUGUGCGGACAAUCAGUGGCGCUCGCAGCUGUACCAACAGCUCUACACGCAUGCAGAGCACAAGCUGAAGGAGUCAACAUCGUUUCUGGUGCGCAAUCAACGACUACAGCAGCCGCUGUACGAAUGUCCAUCAAUUGCCGAGAUCGAGGGCUAUGAGCAUGAGGCUUUAUUGCUGGAGCCCCACACGCUGGAGUUGCAUGUGUAUUUGGCGCUGUGUGGCGACAAUUUGGCGGAGGCGCCGCGUGUGCGUUUCCUCAAGAAUUUGCGACACGAGUGCAAACUUGGUUUGACCUAUUGCGGCAUUGAUUCGCUGUGCCAAGUGGACGUAGAGGUCUUUCUCUACUUCGUUGUGUUGCAGGCGCAGCGCAAGUUGCAAGUGCUGCACGAAACCUACGCCAGCCUUCAUGCCGGCAAUGUUAAGGCCACAGCCAGACCACAUAUGUUGCCAUAUGCCAAUCUGAUGGGACGCGAUGAACUGGUCACCCCAGAGCAAUGCAACUGGUGGAGCAUUGUCCAACGUUUGCAGUUGAACUCGCAGCUGAGUGAGGCCAGCAAUCGCAUGGAACAGCGCGAGAAACUUAAGCGCGGCAUUGAAGCGUUACGCGGCGUUGCCGGCCCCCAGGCCGAGAUCAUUGCCGUCUUUCAGGUGGCCAAGUUGCUAGCUAGUCGCGCCGAUACCAACAAAAUGGAUGCACGCAUCGAGGCACUUAACAAGCUUGGCAUCAAUAUGAUGCGUCGUCACAGUCAUCAGCAGCUCGAGCCAUUCUACAGAUACUUUAAAUACGAACAGAUUCAGGCCAGCGACAUUUGGCUGCAGACGCAGCAGCUGGCAGAGGAUGCUGUGAGCUAUUUGAGCAGUCGCCUCUUCAACAAUGGUCUCUAUGAGGAAUUCCUGACCGAGAUUCGUGGCCUACAGCUACCCACAGCGAUUUACUUGCAAGCCGAAGCCUAUCGCCAAAUGGCCGACUCGAAUCGUGCAUCACGCAUCUCCCGCCAAAACUUUCAGGAGCGUCGUGGCGAAUGUUUGCGUCAGGCGACACAAUUGUUGGCCAAUCAAGCGGAUCAUCCGCUGCAAGCUGUGGUGCAGCGUGAACUCAAAUCGCUCAUGGUUGGCGACGAGAGUUUUACGUCGAACGAUCGCCACAAUAAUUCCAGCACCUACGAGGAUGCCGAGGAUGAUUACUACGCUGCGGCAGCGGUCACAUUAAAUCGAUCAAAGCGCCAUGAGCAGCAACUCCAACAGCAGCAGCUGCAAUUGCAGCAGCAGAGCUUCAAUAAUGAGCUGGACCAGGCCGUCAAGCAGAUGAGCAAACAGUUAUGUGUGCUCAAGGAGGACGUUGGCGUUGGCAUCGACGGUUUGCGACAAGACAUCAAAGGGCUGACCGACAAGUUGAGCUCCAUCGAAGAGUUGCUCAAGAAGCUAAAAAUUGGCAGCACUGCCAGUCGUGAUACGCCCACUCGUGAUGUGGAUGCUGCAGCUGCUCUCGGGCUGGAGGAAUUCUUCAACAUGGAGGAUGCACAGCAGACGAAUUUUAUGAACGAUCGCUUCUAUUCACCAGCUGCAGCGGCCAUUCCGCCCAAUCCCUUGUUCAACCAGAACCAGAUGUACAACUAUUAUGCGAGCCAAGCGCAGUUCAUGCGCAAUCCUCAAGCACCCAACUUCUACGGACAACGUGGAGCUGGCAAUUAUAACAUGCCCCCUAACAUGUUCCCCAACGCAGGCACCGCACCAUUUAUGGAUGGCCUCAAUUAUGGCAUGACGGUGCCACCACCGAGUCUCGUGAUGCCACAAGUGUCGCAGCCCCAGCCACCAAUAAUGUCCAUCAACCAGCCUCCAGCGCAAUCCAACUUGCAGCUAAAUCCUGGCGCCAACUUCUUCAAUGGUUCGCCUUUUGUUCCGUCGCCCAUUCAGACGACGCCAGCUCCGGUUGUGCCCCAGGUUCCGCCGCAACUGCCCGCUGCGAUUCAACAGACACCUUUGGUGGCUCACAAGCCCAUCACAGUGCCACCUCCAGCUGUAGUUGCUGCUCCGGCUUCGGCUCCUGCUGCAGUGGCAGCUCCAAUCGUUGCACCACCAAUUGUGCCACCAACUGCGGUUGCGCCACCGCCAGCGAUCUUCAAUCGCGCGCUCAACAAUCAGCCGGUUGAAAAGGAGCCACCCGCCAAUGUGGUCAUCACCAGCUCCGAUCCGCUGCCCAAGCCAGCAGUGGCUGCUGCCCAGCCCACGUUGAGCGUCACCAUUCCAGCGCAGCACAUUAAACCCAGUCUGGUACAGCCUGCAGAACCGCCGCAGCCAGUUUUGGCCAGCAACGACUUUAAAUUCAGUCUAAAAAACAACAACAAGGUGGCUAAUGAUACGAGCAGCAUCUUCCAGGGCUUCGGCACCACGAGCUCCAACUCCACAUUCUCGUUCAAGACACAAGUGGCGCAGGCGGCAGCAGAGAAGCAAAAGGAACUUGCUGCCGAGGCAGCAGCUGCAGCGUCCACCAGUGUGCACAACGAGAGCGAUCACAAUCAGAGUGCUGGACAGGAUGCAUCCGCUGAACUAGAUUAUGAUCCACGUCCCGAUUUCCAAGGCAUUAUACCGCUGCCCGACGAGGUGGAAGUGCGCACUGGCGAGGAGGAUGAGGUGGUGAGCUUCAGUCAUCGCGCCAAACUGUUUCGUCAUGUGGAUCACGAGUGGAAGGAGCGUGGCAUUGGUGAAAUCAAGAUAUUGAAGAACCAGGCCACCGGCAGCACACGUAUUCUGAUGCGUCGCGAACAGACGCACAAGAUUUGUGCCAAUCACAAAAUUACGGCAACCAUGCAAUUGACUACACCAGAACAGGACAAGGAGGGUAAAUCCUUUUUGUGGGGUGCCAACGAUUUUGCCGACGAGAAAUUGCAGCUGGAGAAAUUCCUAGUGCGCUUCAAGUUGCCCGAGACUGCUCAGCGUUUCAAGGCUGCAUUCGAGGAGGCUGCGAAAAAUGCCAAGACAGCGGAGGCCAAGUUGACCGUGCCUGUCAAGCCAAGUCUCGGUUUUGUGACGAGCACGCCAGCACCAAAUACGCAACAGAAGAGCAUAGACCCGCCGAAGAGCAUUGUGGCUGGCACAAACAACAACAACGAUGCCGCCGCCUCUUUGGUGUCCAAGUCGCUUUUUGGCAAUUUGACCAUUGGCUCCUCGAGCAGCAGCAGCAGCUCAACAACAGCAACAACAACAACUACAAGCAGCAAAGUGUCAACUGCACCGUUUGCCAACUUUAGCUUUGGCGGCAUUGGCAACGCUGCCAAGCCGAACUUGUCCUUUGGCAGUCUGCAAGCUCCGGACACCAGCACGAACACCAGCAAUGCUGGUUACACCACAGCCUUCAACUUUGGCAGCAAUCUGAGCAGCAGCAACAUCGCCGAUAGCACCUUGCAAUCACAGACAGCAGCAGUGAAAGCAGCUGAAGCCGAAGCUGAGGCUGUGGAGGAGUAUGUGCCCACCGCACACUUCGAGCCAGUCAUACCGUUGCCCGAGCUGGUGAAGGUUGUCACGGGUGAGGAGAAUGAAGUGGUGCUGUUCGAGUAUCGCGCCAAACUGUUGCGCUUCGACAAGGAGAACAACGAGUGGAAGGAGCGCGGACUGGGAGUGAUGAAGGUGCUGCAACAGAAAGACGAUCCUACUCAGGUGCGUCUGCUGAUGCGUCGCGAGCAGAUCUUUAAGCUGUGCUGCAAUCAGCGUCUGUUGCCCACCACUGUCUUCACCUAUGCCAAAAACUCGGAGACUUCGCUCACAUGGGCUGGCCAAGAUUUUGCCGAUGAGGAGCUGUCGCUGGAGAUGCUGUGUGUGCGCUUCAAGACCGCCGCGACAUGCAAGCAGUUCUAUGAUACGGUGCUCAAGGCUCAAGCGGCGAUGUCGCAAAACUCCAAGGAGGUGACAAAACCGGAAAACAACAAGGAUAAGCCUGAGGAAAAACCGGUUACGAAGGGCUUUGGCGAUGCCUUCAAGCCCAAGGCAGGCAGCUGGACCUGCGAAGGUUGCUACACCAAUAAUACAGCCACGCAGCUCUAUUGCCUGGCCUGUGAGGCGCCCAAGGAUGCAACAGUUCCACCCAAGGCAGCCACGCUGGAUCAAAGCGGUGCCUUGAAUCUGAGCAGCAGCGCUGGCAAAUUCAGUUUUGGAUUCCCAGCAGCAACAGCAGCUACAACCAACAGCUCAACUGUAGGAGGAGGUGGAUUUACUUUCGGAGCUCCAGCAGCGGAGAAGAAAGUCGAGCCCCCAGUGGCCAACAACAAUGCUAAGCCAGCGGUUAGCUUUGCCCCAGUAGUCCCGCCAGCAGCAAGUGCAGCACCUUUAUCCAAUUUUGGUGAUUUAUUCAAGCCAAAGGCCGGCAGCUGGUCCUGUAAAGAUUGCUAUACCAACAACGAUGGUGGCCAGCUUUACUGUUUGGCUUGCCAGGCGCCCAAAGACGACACUGUCCCCAAGAAGGAGAAUACAUUGGACACCAGCGGAGGCAUUACAUUCCCAGCACCCACAACUAAGUUUUCAUUUGGUUUUGGAGCACCAGCUGCAGCCACCACUGCAGAAAAAGGCGAUGCCCCAAUCUUUGGUUCCAGCAGCUUCAACUUUAAUGCGUCGACAACACCUGCAGCCAGUUUGACCUCGAACACAUUCAGCUUUAGCAUGCCCAAAGCGCAGCCAGUGCAGCCCAAGAGUCCAGGUGGCGGUGCUGGCGAUGACGAUGACAGCCACGUCGAGGAGGAGGAGAAUGGUGCUUAUUUUGCACCCGUCAUUCCCCUGCCGGAUAAGAUUGAUGUCAAAACGGGCGAGGAGGAUGAGGAGGUGCUCUACUCGCAGCGCGCUAAGCUUUAUCGGCUGGCCGACAAUACGGAAUGGAAGGAACGCGGCUUGGGUCUCGUGAAGAUUCUGCGCCACAAGGAGACAAAGAAUUUACGUGUGGUUAUGCGUCGCGAGCAAGUGUUGAAGCUCUGCCUAAAUCAUGUGCUUAAUGCAAGCGUUGUCUACAAGCCCAAAGACGAAAAAUCCCUGCUGUUUGCCGCUUUUGAUUUCAGCGAAGGGGAAUCCGUCUUGGAACGUUUCGCCUUGCGCUUCAAAACCGCCGAGAUUGUGCAGGCUUUCCUCAGUGCAGUGAACAGCGCUCUCGAUGGCACCGCCGUUGCGCAGCCCGUUGAUAUUCAGAGUCCCCAACAGCCAAGUUCCAGCACAUCCGCUGGCAUUUCAAAUGAGAUCCAGACGCUGGCGGAUAAGCUGCAACUUAAUCCCGAAUUCCUCGUGGCUGAAACGAAAUGCAGUGGGUGCCGUGGCUGCGAUGAGGACAAAUUUGUCUGGACAGCAACUGUGCCGACCGAGAAUAAGGACGUUGUCAAGUCGUUGCCGUUAACGUUGCCCGCCCUAAAGUUGCCACCACCAAAAGCACAGGGCAUAUUGGCACCACCCAAUCGAACUUUGCUUAAGGCCAGCACAUUAGAGGCCAACACCACAAACAGUAAUUUCGGCAGCUUUGGUGGCUUCAGCACUGCUGUCUCAGCCAACUCAACGGCCACAGUUGGCUCCUUCUCCAAGCCAGAAGAACCACCAAAAGGUGGCUUUCUUUUUGGUCACUCUGACAAAUCAGUCUUCGGCCAGUCGCUAUUCAGUGGCAGCAGCAAUCCUGCCAAGCCGCAGGGGUCAAUAUUUGGCGGCUCCAUUGCAGCCGACAAAUCGUCCGAUUCCCCAAAAGUAUCGAUAUUUGGCAACCCAGUAAAUCCACCGACUGCAGUUACCGCCAAACCAGAUGAGGGCGUCAAGUCUAUCUUUGGUUCUUCAAUAUUGACGAGCAAUAACACCUUUGGUAGUAACACUAGCAACAGUUUCUCAUUCGGCGGCUUGGCGGCAAAGGGUGCCGCUACCACGGCAGACACAGAACCCAAAAAACAAGAAACUAACAACAAAGAUAAUACACUGAAGGAGGCGCCGUCGACGCCAAAUUUCUUGGAGAUAGCAUCGCGGGGAGGUGUGGAUUUUGCCAGUUUGGCAGCCAAAGGAGGCAGUGGCAGUCAACCGAUUGGUUUCCAAAAGUCUGAAACUGGUGGCUUCUAUGGUCUGACACAUCAGAAUGAUUUUAAGCACUUUAAGAAUCCUUCGACGUCCAUACAAUCGCAAAAUGAUGGAGAAGCUGACUCCUCAAAUACAGGCGAUACCACCAACGAUGAGAAUUAUGAUCCACACUAUGAACCCAUCAUUGCUCUGCCCGACGAGAUUGUCGUCAGCACUGGCGAGGAAGACGAGAACCAAUUGUUUUGCCAGCGAACAAUGCUUUAUCGCUACGAUGCGGCAAAUAAGUUAUGGAAGGAGCGAGGUGUAGGCGAAGUAAAGAUUCUAAAGCAUAAAACAACAAACAAAGUACGCUUAAUAAUGCGACGAGAGCAAGUCCACAAACUGGUGCUCAACAUGCCGGUCGGUGCGAGUUUUACGAUUGACUAUAUGCAGGAUUCGAAGAAAAGUCUUGCCUAUGGUGGGCUUAACUAUGCGGAGGAUGAGAAAGGAGAGCUCGAGCGGCUUGCCAAUCGCUUUAAAAAGGAAGAAAUUGCCAGCAGUUUCCUUGGAAUUAUUAGGGCCUGCAUAAGGGAUGCCAAAGAAGACAAACAAUCGGAGUCAGAUGGCGAAACUGGAAAUGAUGAUACACACUAAGAUGAAAGCUAAACGUUAAUGUAUUUUUUGUUGUAUAAAAUUCACAUGAAAUAAAUAUGGAUAUGAUUUCUACUCGGUAACUUGCCGUUAAUAGUAAACAAAAAAAUACAA